ACUUAUACACUCUUUAGAAUUUCGAUUGAAUUAGCCAAAUCGUAUUCAUUCCAAACAAUAAUUUUAAGUAGUCAAAAUUUAAAGUUCCUUCCAAAUGCAUCCUUCCAAAUGCAUCACCAUGUCCGAGACGAAGACGACGAAACUUCCUCAGCUCAAGUCCAGCGUUACUCCUUACAGACCAAAGCCGAGCCUAAUACAUAGUAACUCCCCAAAAUUAGAGAACGACAAGCGCAAUGGCUUGGACUUGGAGCUGGGGGAUAAUCCGGAGACACCGAGCCUAAAGCGUGUACGAUGGGCUCCGAUGUAUGGAGAAAGGAGCGCGUGUAGGUCCUCCUUUGACAGCUUUCCACUAGAGUCCAAAAAUACUCAGUUUGACCAGGCCUCGUCAGAAGAGUUAAUACUGGCCAACGAGCUUCGCUUGGCGGUGCAUCGUGGGGGAGGUUCCAUCGAUCCCGAGAAGAAUUGCGAGCUGAGGGCUCGACUGUCUCCCUUGCAGUUGCCAUACAGUCGAGUUCAGCGGAUUCUGAAGGAGUGCGAGUUGAGCGAGAGGAAUCAACACACCUAUUGCAUACCCAUGGACUAUGGGCGGCAACUGGUUGCCAUGAUUUGCAAGAUCAGGACGGAAAAUCUACCCGACGUGAAGCUGCGCUUGGCCUCCCUACUUCGGCAAAACAAAGCGCGCUUCUUCAAUAGACAUUUGUUCAACGAAACUGGCUUGAUUGAGGCCACAUUGCCGAGCAAAACCCCUUUGAGUUUCGACGAAUUUAAUCAAACGUUGCGAACUGAUGCCUUGUGGUGCAAAGCCACCGAUAGCGCCAUUACAGAUUUGGGUAAAGGAUCUGUUUUGUUCAAAUGCCGACCUCUGGACCUCCAAGAGGUCACGUACAAACUGAGGCAGUGCAACUAUAAGAUUAUAAACAAGGAGGUGGGACACUGUCCAAACAAGCCGCUCGUGGACUUAAAUGAUCGACAAAUGGCCCGCUACCAGGAGUUUCGUAAAACCCUUCUUCAAGAUAUAGACGUCGUGAAGAUCUAUGACAAUGUGCGUGUCCAGUAAUUCAAAUCAGUUCGGCGAAAGUCCCAAGUAAUUUCCAAUUAUCAAAGUGAACUUAGUUUUUUCAAAUUAGAUCCAUGCGGUUAUUCCAUAAUAAAAAAUCCUUC